GCGCUCCGCCCUCUUCGGCCCUGUCUCCUCUCGCGCUGGUCAGGCACGGAGCUCCCUUCUCAGAAACCCACAGGGCCGCCACUUUCUCGCGGAGCAUGGGGCUGCCUCGUAGGGAAGGGGAUGCAGCCGAGCUGCGCAAGAGCCUGAAGCCGCUGCUGGAGAAGCGCCGGCGCGCGCGCAUCAACGACAGCCUGAGCCAACUCAAGGGGCUCAUCCUGCCGCUGCUGGGCAGGGAGAACUCCCGCUACUCGAAGCUGGAAAAGGCAGACAUCCUGGAAAUGACUGUGCACUUCCUGCAGGAGCUGCCGGCGUCCCCCUGCCCCGCCGCCGCGUCCGCGCCCACGGACAGCUACCAAGAGGGCUACCGUGCCUGCGUGGCGCGCCUGGCGCACGAGCUGCCGGCCUGCGGCGUCCUGGAGCCCGCGCUGAGUGCACGCCUGCUGGAGCAUCUGCGGCGGAGCGCCUUCUGCACCACCCCAGACGCCAGACCCUCCUUGUCGCCCUCGCCGCCCGCGCCAGCGUCCUCCCCGCCAGGACCGCCCAGCGCUGGCCUCUGGCGGCCGUGGUAGCCCCUUGGCAGGGCCACAGAGCCAGCUGACCGCGAGCAGCCUGGCAGGCCGAGGGAGCUCUUGGCAGCAGCCGCCUUUCCUCCACCGCGGACCAGCCCAACAUGGGCAGGAAGACCAAAAGCGGAUGUCUGUGACCCAGUGGCAAACCGAAGGCCUGGAGGGCUCAGCUGGAGGAAAUGAGGGACGCUGCUCUGCUUCACUGUGAAUCUGGAUAGGAAAAGGCUGUGGGAGCCAAAGAAACCCCGUCCUGGCUGGAGGAGGUGGCUGUGGGACCAGGCCAGCCACAAGUGCCUGUGCCUUGAGUGACACACCUGCCCUACCACUGGCACCUGGCCAAGCAGCUCACCUGGCCAGGUGCAGCCAUCUGCUCUGACUAGCACUGCCCUCCCAGCUCUGCUCAGGCCUACUUCCUGCCCAGCUGGGCGUGGGAACCCUGGGACACCCAGUAGCCAUGGCCUGAGGGGCUUUGUCAAUGACUGGGAUUACAGGGUACAAGGAGCACGUAGGCCCCAGGCCUGGAGCCCCAACCACCACUCCCAGGCUACCAGGUGCCAGGGAGGGGGCAGAGAGCCCCACGGCCUCUCUAGGGGGUCUUGGGAACAGUCUAGCUCCCCAGGCAUUAAUACAGCACCAAGGCCAUGUGGUCUUGGGAACAAGAAUGAGCUGCGCUGUGGCUCCAAAGGAGCUGUUACUUGGGAGGACAGCAAGAGUGACACAGGACAGCGAGAGUGACACAGGACAGCAGAAUGAAGAGCAGGCUGCCUCAAUUGCUCCUUCAGACGACACUGCUGCUUGCUCACAGAUGAGAGCCAACUGGACCCCGGAAGCAACCUGCUCCCGAGACAUCUCUUUCUUCCUGGCAGAGGCCAGGCAGCCUGCUGUGAGGACUCAGGGGUGGGCCUGCAGAUAGAGGCACCCACAGGGGUGUGCCAGAGAGAGGGGACACUCCUGUUUCCUUGGCAGUCGUGUUCUGUCAUUGCCUGGGGAUUUGCUGAGCACUUCAGGAAGGCCAGAGUGCUUCUUCGGUCAGUCCAGGAUGAGCAAGCUGUGUGGGAGAGCAGGACACCUGGGGAGAGCGGGCAGACUGAUGGGGAAAGGGCCAGUCAGCAAGUCAGCCGGAGCCCCACCGAGCGUGAUGCCUUGGGCCCUGGUUUGGGAGGCAGGAUAUGGGGAAAGGCACUGGUGCCAAGACAGAAGGGCGAGGCCACAGCAGGCCGUGGUGUGCAGGGCUGGGGCUCUGGCCUCUGCACCCUUCGAGAGCUGAGGGGCCUCAUGAGCGUUCAAUAAACACGGUGCUCAGUGAACAGAUGCUGGGUGCAUGCAGCCUGGCUUUGCACUAACUCGCACCGUGGACCCAGCCUCCCUUUGGAAGGUUUCCUCCUGAGGCCCAACGUUUGCUUCUCUGAGCUGCCAGGAGCAGGUAGAGAAGCCGAGAGGCAGGGAGCCCUGGUGAGGUCACCCUACAAGUGCUGGGCUCCUCCUCAAAUUCCAGGCUCCUGUCUCCAGGAGUAUACUGAGGGACCUGACUCAUUUAACACCUGGGGUGGUCUUACCCGGACCCAGCUCCUCCUGCUUCCUGCCACUCAGUCUGGGGCUUGCAUGAUCUGGCCCUUCUCGAACCUUCAUGCAGCAGCUGGGGAGAGGUGCGUGUGGACAGGGUGAGUCACAGAUCAGGUGCUCCAGGAUCCUGCCUGGGACACUGGCCAGCCAGGCCCUGGCAUGCCUGGGCGGGUGAAGUUCAGGCUCCAAGGCA